UUUCAAAAUGGCGCCUGGUAGUAAGAAGCAGAAAAAAACGAAGUCUAAAAAAUCUAAAGGCAGCCAGUCUGGACUGAGUCGUAUCGCCUCUACUCUUGUGCCAAGCGCCAUUUUUGCAGCAGUACCAAGAACAUCAUCUAGUUUAUCGCAAACAUGGCCUCGUCGAUCGCCAUCUCCACUCGAGCAGGCAAUAGGCGAAGCAGGAAACGUCGGUAGGGUUUUAAUUGGUGAUCUUUCGAAACGACCACGGGCGGAGUUACCUUCAGUUCCAGGAGAAAACGGCGAUGAACGCAGCGCAUCAGCUGAUCGACAGGGCAACGAACAUGAUCGUGACGAAAAGGUUAGGGAAGAUUGGGAGGACGAUUAUGAAACCGUUCAUGGCAGCAAAAAGUUUGACAAGACUACAAAAUACCACAAGAUGACUAAGGAAGGUACAUUGGCUGUAACUGAGGAGAUGGAAGGAGCAACAGCCGAAAACGGUGGGGAACCAUCGCAACAUUUCUACCAUGUUUUAGAUCAUGACAGCGGUCAGGUCGUCCAGCCAGUAUAUUCGAGAGUUGACAAGAGGAAAAAAAGUGCAGCCAAACAAUCUGUUGAUGGAGACAAAGAAGAGAAAGAAUCACUGAGUGAGGUCAGUUAUAGUAGCGAUGAGCUCACAGAUGUUACCAGUCAUGAUGAAGAGAGCACAACUAGUGGAUCACGAGCAAAACGUUCUCUUGAUUUUGGUGGACGAAGACGCAGUAGGAAAGGCAGCAGAGAGGAAAGUCAUGAUGGUCAGGAUAUUGUUGAUGGACCAGGAUCUCACAGCAAAAAAGGGAGCACUAAACGGCAGACCCCUGACACAAUUCAGGAGGUAUCAGAAGAUGCUGGUGAGGAAGGAGAUGGGGCAGCUCCUCCUCCUAUUCCACCUUACUUGGAAGACACAUCCCCAGAGGCUCCUGAACGUCGCCGUAGGAGUAGACAGAGGUCAGCAUUGGAUCAGUUGGACGGUCCAGGUGAUCCCCUUCCUCCCAUUCCUGGGGAUCCACCUGAGAACAGGCUCACGGAUGAACAGAGAAGAGCUCUGAAGGUUGUGGAGAGGUUAGGGUUUGAGGGAGUGUCUCAGAAACUUGCUCUGAGUGAUCUCUCUGAAGAUUCUGAAAGUUAUAUGACACCAGUGGUGCCCAAGAAUACUAUUGACUUCAAUGGAAAAACAACAUUUGAGCGAGAGCAGUUUAAUGAUACUUUGACAGAAAGUAAUGUCCCAGUGUCUGAAGCAACAAUUGAGGAAGCAAACCUAAGUUUAGGUCAAACAUUUUCUGGUCUGGAUGGUUAUGAACUUCAGGAGGAGCUGCAAUCUCCAAAUGAACAAGCACAACGAGGUAAACAUCUUAGUUUUAAAACCCAGGCUGGUAAGGCUAACAAAGUUUCCUCGUUUGUUAAUCUCCUUAAUGCACAAGAAAGGCAUAGACAAGCUGAACGAUCCUCCAAUGCACCAGUAAAAGGACAAAGAGACCCAAGCCCCAACCAGUCUGGGGGUAGUAGCAAAGACAGCCAAGGAUUUGUUGAUCCAUUUAAUAUCCAGAGACUUGAGGAAGCUCGGCAAGCAAAUGAAACAUCAUUCUUAGAGAGACAACAAAAGUUGGAAAAACUUGUUGAGCAACAGCAAAAUCUGUAUCAAGAGCAAUUAGAACAACAGAAAAUCCAACAGCAACAACAGCAGGAAGUUGUGAGACAACAAUGGAAACUACAAGAACAGCUUAGGGCAUUAGAGAAGAUGCAACAAGAGUUUAAUGAGAAUGCUGACCUGUCACUGCAAGGACCAGCUGUGAGUGAAUCUGAUGUAAGACUCCAGCGACAGCUUGUGCGGCAGCAACAAGAAUUCCUUCAAAAGCAGCAAGAACAAUUGCAGCAUUCUCAAAAUCAGCAAGCUAGAGCUCUUGAGCAACAGGAGAAGUUGUGUGAACAGAUCGGACAGUUAGAGGAACAGCAAAGGCAGCUUCAAUCCAGUGUCAGCCUUCUUAGUCCAGCCGGUGAAGAUCUGGCUGAGAUCAAGCAACAAGAACAACAGAUUGUCAAUCUCCUGAAUGAGCAACGGCGUCAGGAAAGCGAAUUACAGAGACUGCAUCAGUUGCAGCAACGAAGACUUGAAGAACAGAGUAACAGCUUUACACAUGAAAGAAAGGCUCUAGAACAAAACCAAGAAAUGCUUCAAGGAAAAAUUAAAGAACAGGAAACAAGGAGGAUGCAACUGGAGCAGGAACUCGAGGAAAUGCGACGAAAACACGUGGAGUCUGAAGAGCAGUGGAAGAAAAGACUUAAUGCUGUGAGUGUUGAACCGUCGGAUAGAAAAAGAAGGGAACGACUAGACAGAGGAGAUGAUCAUGGUUACGGUGAGAAGAGACUGGACGAAAGAAACACCCAGGGUAAUGUUGCAAGUUCGUACCAAGAUAAAAAAGGGAGAAAAAGUAACCGAGCAACGGACGAUUCUCCUCAAUUUGACGAUGUCAGGCAUGCGCUUCAGAGUGCUAGUCAAAGCUCGAACUUGUCGUAUCGUGAUGAAAUAGAAGGAAGACGAGACAGAAAUAAGCAACGAAGCGCGGACAGCUCACGCCACGUUGAUAGAGAAGGAAGAUGGAGCGACGGAGACGCCGACAGCCCAAAGCAUGGCAAGAGAGUCGGGAGGAAAACGCGGGAAAAAGGGGAAAGAAACUCAAGGAAAACCCGAAUGAGAAGUGCUGAAUCUGAACCAGUGAUAACGAAGACAGACGCAGAAGUAACCAGAGUCCAGGUCGUGAGAGAUGACGAAGUUUACCGCUUAUCUAAAGGACGAAUUGAACUGCUAGAGUCAGAGAAGUCGGCUAUGAUGGAACUGAACACGUCGUUACAAGAAGAAAACAAGGCUUUAAAGCAGCUUUCACUCUCUCUCCAAAAAGGAACAGGUGUCUCUUCUGUAGUUCUACAAAAGCAAAUCAAGGACUUGCAUCAAGAACAGAAAGUUUUACGUGAUACAGUUCACAGACUCAACGUGGAACUCAGCAGAUACCAAGCAAAAUAUCGCCCUGUGUCAUUUGAGGAGGUAGAAGGCAUGGCAUUGCCGUACAAGAAGGAGGCAGCUCCGUGGCUGGUAAACACCAAGUUCUUGGCGCCGCUUUUCUUGGCGUACGACGAUCGAUUGAGAGAAAAAGAACAAAUGAUCAGAACUUACGAUGAAGAGUUGAACUCUUUUAAGGCUCGAGUCAUGGAAGUUGUCAAGGAAAAUCAGCAGCUUCAUAUGAGCAUCAGUAAGGCCAGUCCUGAUGCAUUGGGGCCGGAUGAAUGGCAACAACUGCAGGAACAGGCAAAACUAGUGGUUGAGGAGAACGCUCUGUUGAUGGAACAACAAGAAAUACAAGACAAAAAAAUGAAGGAAAUGAAGAGAAUCCACGGAUUAGAAGUCUCCAAGUUGUCCAAACGGAUUUCAAGUCAAGAGUCAACUCGGCGGCGCCUUGAAACGGAGCUAGAUGACAUGCGUCGUGCCCAUAACAACCUAAUGCGUCAGCAUGAGGCCAUGGUUGCUGAUCAGGAAAACAAGAUGUUGAUUCAAGAGCAUCUUAGAAUAAUGGAUGAAUGCAGGAGUGUACUUGAAGACUUGAAGGCGAAAACGAAAUCAGAGACAGAGGAAUACAAUUCGAAGUUACAGGCAGUCCAGAAAGAAAAGAGCAACUUAGCCAUAAAAUUUGCAGAUGGCGAAGCUAAGAGCGCACAACUUGAACGAGAGCUUGAUGCUUACAAGAAGUCUCUGCAGAAAUCGGAGCGGAAGUUUCUGUUUCUUCAAAGAAAGUUAGAGCACAUUCAGGAACGAGAGCUGACAGCGCAGGAGACUCUGUCACAAGUUCUAACCAUUGCGGAGAAAACAGCAGCCGAGAGGGACAACUACGUACAAUUUGCCAAGACACAGAAGGCGGAACAACAGAAAGCUGCUUCGAAAAUUCUUGCCGGAACUCAGAACAUCAAAGGACUCGAGGAAAAACUCCAGGAGUACAGGAGAAAGGCUACGGAUAAAGUCGCCAUAGUAACGGGAAGGCUGCGAGAGAAAGAAACCGAAAUCAACAAACUUAAAGAGCAGUACGAGGGGGAAAUUAAUAAUCUUCGCGCUGUGGUCAGACAAAAACAACGCCAGUUGGAAUUAAUGAUUGGAGACAACAGUUUCAUCUGUACCACAGGAACGUUGACAAAGAACUGGAAAAAGUUUGGAAGACAGCAGCCGCUGAUAACAGGCGAAUGAAGGACACAGUUCGUCAAAAAGGUGGCAUGUUUGAUUCCGACUCAGACCCCAAUGCACAUCUAUCUUCGGAAGAAGGGGAGGCUGCAUAGUCAAACAAUGCAAUGGUGAGAGACCUUCGCUAACGGAAUCGAGAAGACAAGUGCUACAGGACUAAUGAAUUUUUGCGUGAACACGUGUUGUAUAAACAAAAUCUAAUUUAAAGUUAUGGAAAGCUUAUUUAAACUAAUUGAAAUUUUUCAAUAAAAUGGUCUAUACAGUC